AUGCCUUCUAAAAAAUUUCAUCUUACAACUUACUUAGUGUGCAGUUUUGUUUUAAUCUAUAUCAUUUGUAUAGAAAAAGUCAACUGUGCAGCUUGUAAACGCAAUGUUUCAAAUACUGUAAAUAAUUGCAUUCCGAAAAAUUUUACGCAAUGUUUAGGGGGAAAUAUCCCAUUCAAUUACACAACACUGGCAUUUGUUGGUGAUUCUUCAAAUCAUGAAGAAGUUGAACAAAAAUUGAAAUUAUGGAAAGGACUUCAGGGUGCACCAGAGUGUUGGCUGGUCGUCCAGCCAUUCUUGUGUUCUGUGUACGUACCAAAGUGUGAUAAUACCGAAGGAUUAGUAGAACGACCCAGUAAGGAUGCUUGUCAGAGAGCGCACGAAGCCUGCAAGUUGGUGGAGGAAGUCCAGGGCUGGCCAGACUUUCUAAGUUGUUCCCAGGACAUCUUUACAGCAGACACAGAAUGUUUGACAUCACAUACGUAUGAAUCCUUGACAUUUAACACGACGGGAGUGUGUAACUUGCCCCUGGUGAGAACGACUAAUGAAGACAGUUGGUAUGAGACGGUGCCUGGAUGUGGUAUUCAGUGUCAGGAUCCGUUUUAUACAGACGAGGAACACAACCAGGUUCAUAUCUUCAUCGGAGUGUUCGGAUCCAUCUGUCUUGUCUGUACUCUUUUUACAGUGCUGACAUUUCUGAUUGACUGGAAGACUUCCAGCAGGUAUCCAGCUCUCAUCUUGUUCUUUAUCAAUGGCUGUUUCUUCUUCUGUACCAUUGGUUGGUUGGCUCAGUUCUCUGGUGAUGCAAGGACAGACAUCGUAUGUAAGGCAGACGGAACAACACGGCAUGGGGAACCCAAACUAGGGUCUGGUGAGACAGCCUCCUGCACCUUCAUCUUUAUCCUUGUCUAUUACUUUAUGAUGGCAGCCUCUGUCUGGUUUGUCAUGUUGGCCUAUGCCUGGCAUCUCACAUUUAAGGCCCUUGGAACACCUCGCGAUGAUCUUACAAGCAAGACUGCCUACUUCCACAUAGCCAGCUGGUGUGUCCCUCUUGUGCUGACCAUUAUAUGUCUCGCUGUGUCUGAGAUUGAUGGAGACUCUGUCAGUGGCAUAUGUUUUGUGGGAUACCGUCAGUAUGCUUAUAGACUAGGGUUUGUUGUGGUACCCAUGGGAGUCUGUCUUUGCUCCGGUAUUGUGAAUCUCAUACGGGGAUUACGGACACUUGUAAAACUACGAAAGGACACACCUGACUUUAUCAGUGACAAGGCAACAUCCAAAAUAAGGGAGACAAUUAUCAGAAUGAGUACAUUUACUAUCCUGGCUUUUGUGUUCGUACUGAUCUCAUUCACUAUACACAUCUACUCUUUCACCAGUGAACAGGGAUGGGAGGACAGCUUUAAAGACUACUAUUUCUGCCUCGCCAACAUGACUGUGACUAAGACAGUGGACAGUUCCUACUCACGAACCUGUGCCAUGGCAAGCAGACCAAGUAUUGUAGCAGUGGAGUUUCACGUCUUGGCUUUCUUUGGGGCAGGCAUUCUGAUGAGCAGCUGGUCGUGGACAAAAGCAUCCUUGUUGUCAUGGGAACGUUUUUUACGGAAAGUGUUCAAAAAGCCUUCAAACAAACCAGUAAAAAUGAAGAAACACAAGAUGAUAGCGAAAGCCUUUGAACGGCGUAAGGAUAUGAACAAUGGACGAAUGUCUAUCAGUUUCGGCAGCACCCAUGAUGACCCUUUAGGGAUGAAGUUUGAUUUAAACAGUGUUAGUUCUCACGAGAUGUCAUCAAAUUUUGCAAAUGCAAUGCCGAAACUUGUGCGUAGACGUGGAGGGAUGAUUAUGCCUACUGCCGGCACACUUAGACGUUACUCAGAUUCAGAUAUUGGGUCGAUGGCAUCCAAGAUGGCAUCUCGUCGUCAGUCUCUGGAUUCACAACUCAGUGAAGCUCAAGGCCAAUUCCAUCAAAGUGAUCAAAGUGAGGAUAUCAAAGGAGGAAAGAAAAAACGAAGGAAGAAGAAGAGAAAGAAGAGUAAAAAGAGAAACAGGAUCCAACCUGUUCUGGGUCCUAUAACAACAAAGCAUUCUGGGACAUUUAGUCAUCGCCGUGGAAAAAAAGGUCGACGGAACAGUGACUCAUCAGCCAUAAGUAAAGCCUCUGCUCAUGGGAUUGAUUUUGCAUUGGAACGUAAUAGCAUGGAGGCAGUUUCAUUAAAUUCAUAUUCACACAAUAACAGCCUUGAAGCUGUAACAUUACCAGCCCCACCUAAAACUUUGUCUACAAACUAUGCCAUUUUUACUGCAAGUACCUAUAUGAACGAGGUCAACCAGGAAGAAAACGGGAAACGGAACAGCCGACAGAGUGGCAACUCUGGUUCUCAACGGAGUAGGGCAAGGGAAGUAACUCUAGAAAUGGCAGAAGCUCAUAUAUACCAACAACAACAGGCUAAUGGAGGAUUAGGAAAUUCAAACAGAGCUGGUCGUCAAGACAGCUUCUCUGGAUCAAGACAAAACAUGGAAUGUGUCUGGUCAUUCAGGCCAAAGUCGACAAGGGUCAGCAGGAAAAUCUGCCAGUCGUAUCGAACCAGGACUUCGACAGCCAAAUGGAUCAGCAUCAAGCCGAUCAAGCAGGGGAAGAGUGAGUUCGGGAAGGUCGGACAGGUCAGGUCUCAGUUCAGCCCGAUCUGAUCUUUCAGGUCCAAGGUCAGAACGAUCAGGUCUGGGAUCAGCUAAGUCUGACAGAUCCGGU